UCAAUGCAUCAGCAGUGACCGACCGACCACCACUAUGUAGUAGUAGUAGUGGGUACCAGAAAUAGAAAUAGGAAUGCCAUUCCUUCAUUCACAUAAACCCCUAUGCUGCAAUUCGAUUGGUUGCGGUGAGAGAGUGAGAGAGGAGAUGGGGAGGGAAACUCACAUUCUGGUGUUGCCUUUCCCGCUCCAAGGUCACAUAAACCCUAUGCUGCAAUUCUCCAAACACCUCGCCAGCAAAGGCCUCAAGGUCAGCUUCAUAACCACCACCUCCGUUCGCAAUACCAUCCACCUCCAACUCCCUUCCUCCGUCGCCAUCCAGUACAUUUCCGACGGCUACGACGACGAAAAACAAGCCGAAAGCCUCGACGAUUACCUCCGGCGUUUCCAAGACGUGGUGUCGAAGACCUUGGCCGACUUCAUCGUACAAAAACAGAAGGCCGAUGAUCCCCCGAAGCUCCUGGUGUACGACUCGGUCAUGCCGUGGGCUCUGGAGGUGGCUAAGGGGCUAGGGCUGGGCGGAGCUUCGUUCUUCACGCAGUCCUGCGCCGUGAACGCGAUCUAUUACCAUUUGAAUCGAGGCCAUUUUGAGGUCCCUCUGGGAGGCCCGGCGAUGCUGUCGCUGCCGGAAAUGCCGUUGCUGGGGAUCGACGAUCUGCCGUCGUUCAUCUGUGACGAUGGAGCCUACCCGGCUUUGCUGAGGCUGGUGGCCAAUAUGUUCUCAAAUUUUCGUGACGCGGAUUGGCUGCUGUUUAACACCUUUGACAAAUUGGAGGAACAGCAGAUGGUGAAGUGGAUGAUGGCAAGCCAAUGGCCGAUCAAGACGAUAGGACCCUCUAUUCCAUCCAUGGGCUAUGACGACCAAGACUACGGCCUCAGCCUCUUCAGCCCCAGCGCCGAAGCCGCCUGCAUCAACUGGCUCGACUCCAAGCCCACAGCCUCUGUCGUCUACGCAUCCUUCGGCAGCCUGGCCUGCUUAAGUGAAGCCCAGAUGGAGGAACUGGCAUGGGGCCUCCACAAUGCCACCGCGGCCGCCCACUUCCGCUUCCACUUCUUGUGGGUGGUCAGGGCUUCCGAAGAGGCCAAGCUCCCGGCAAACUUCGUCGACGAGACGUCGGAGAUAGGGCUGAUCGUGAACUGGAGCCCUCAGCUUCGGGUGUUGGCUCACCCGGCUGUCGGCUGCUUCAUGACUCACUGUGGCUGGAACUCCACGCUCGAGGCGCUGGCGCUGGGGGUCCCGAUGGUGGCGAUGCCGCAGUGGAGCGACCAAGCGACGAAUGCCAAGUAUAUUGCAGAUGUGUGGCGAGUAGGGUUGAGACUGGGUGCUGAUGACAAGGGAGUUAUUACCAGGCAGGAGAUUGGGGUGAGGAUAAAAGAGGUGAUGGAGGGAGAACGGGGAAUUGAGCUGAGGAAGAACGCAAUGAGGUGGAGGGAAUUGGCUAGAGAGGCCGUACAGGAAGAGGGAAGCUCUGAUAGCAACAUUGAGGAAUUUGUUUCAGGACUCUAGUGUGCCCUUAGCCAUUGCCCGCUGGGACAUCAAAAUGAAACCAAAUUUACUUGUACAACCCCAGCAUAUUAACAAGUACGUACGUAGAAGGCCUGGGAUUAUAUCUACUAUACUCUGGUAGAAAGACCUACAAACUCUCCAUGUUCGGUAGAGAAAUAUAUCACCGCCUAAAUGUAUUGGUGGUUGUGAUUAAUAGCGAAAACGAUUACCUGCAAACCUAGUGUAUAGCGAAUACCACGGUACUUGCCCAUAGAAGGUGUGCCAUUAGCAUAUCUGAAAGGGCAAAACCUGCUGGCUGCCGCAUUUCCUCCACUGAAGGUCAUUCAAACCUUAAGCAGGUCAUUGCAAAUCAAUAUGUUCAUUUUAGCCUGGGCUGCGCACACAAACCUACUGUUCUCUUCAAUAAAACAACAUGUCAAGCCUUUAUUCUACCACA